ACCGUGCAUUCUGUUCCUUCCCAUCUUCUCCUCUCUACAAACAACAAAAACCAAAACAGACUCAAAAAUAUAUUCAUAAAAACAACAUCAAAUCACCUGAAAAAAUCCAACAAAUCUACCCAUAAUAUCAUUAUUAUGGAUAAACAUGAGAAGGCUAAAGAGAGAAGAGAGAAGAGGCGGCAAGAAAUCUCUCUCCUUCGUACCAUUCCCUAUUCUGAUCACCAAAGAUGGUGGUCCAUUGAUACUAUUGCUGUAGUGACUGGUGCAAAUAGGGGAAUUGGAUUUGAGAUUGUGCACCAACUUGCAUUGCAUGGGUUGACAGUAGUACUCACAUCAAGAGACACAGGCGUCGGUGAAGAAGCAGCAAAGGUCUUACAAGAAGGAGGAUUAAAUGUGUUGUUCCAUCAAUUAGAUAUCAUGGAUCCUGCAUCGAUUGAAACUUUUACCAAAUGGAUAAAAGAAAAUUAUGGUGGUAUCGAUAUACUGGUAAACAAUGCAGGAGUUAAUUUCAAUGCUGGAUCAGACAAUGGUGUGGAAUUUGCCGAACAAGUUAUUCAUACCAACUACUAUGGCACGAAAAAUAUGAUCAAAGCCAUGAUUCCUUUAAUGAGACCUUCCCCUUCAGGUGCUCGUAUUGUGAACGUGAGUUCACGAUUGGGUAGAUUCAACAGCAAACGGAAUAGAAUUGGAAAUGAUGAACUGAGAAAACAAUUGGAAGACGAUGAAGCACUAUCUGAGGAGCUGAUCGACCAGAUUGUUAAUAAAUUUCUAGAACAAGUAAAAGAUGGCAGUUGGACGGAAGGUGGAUGGCCACAAGUUUUUACAGAUUACUCUUUAUCAAAACUAGCCGUUAACACUUAUACAAGGCUGAUGGGAAGGAUACUUUCAGAACGCCCUGAGGGCCAGAAGAUAUACAUCAAUUGCUACUGUCCAGGCUGGGUGAAAACGGCCAUGACUGGUUGGUCGGGGCAUAUUAGUCCUGAAGAUGGUGCUGACACUGCAGUUUGGCUAGCUCUUCUUCCAGAUCAAUUCAUAACGGGUAAAUUUUUCUCUGAAAGGCGUGAGAAACAUUUCUAACAGUAGGGGUCGACAUAUUCUAGGAUUCAGUUUGGUUGCAUUUUGCCCUUUAAGGACCAGAUAAGAGAUAAAGAAACUCAGUCUGCAUCAUAGAAGCCUAUAUUUAUAUGCUAUUGAAAUGGAGUCGUAAUGUAAGAAUGCAUGAUUGACAGCUGAUUUCAACUCAAGAAGAUUUGAUCAGACUAAAGAUUCAAGAGUAAUUAUUUACAUCAUGUCCUCUUAGUUUGUUCAAUUGAGGAACCAGAGAGCCUUGGGAUUGAAUAGAAACCACCAAUUUUUGGUAUUUUUGAUGAUGUAUUGUCAUUUCUUUCUUUUGUGUUGAAUUGAAUGGAUUAUGAUAUGAAUGAAUUUUCAUUA